AUGGCUGAGGAGGAAUUCGAGAUCGAUAUCUACGGCGAUGCGCCCCAAGAUCACCAAGACGGAAACGCCGAGACCUACGACGGAGCCAACGGUCAUGCGGACAACCACCAGGAACAGCAUGACCAGCAGGAGCACCACGACGAUCAGCAGAAGCACGACCAGCAGGAAGAAUAUCACGAUCAGCAAGAGGCGCCUGCGCCCCAGCAGGGUGUCAAGAGAAAGGGCGACGACCGGCCGAUCGAUCCAGGCGCAACCACAGCUUUGAUGGUUUCGGAUCUAAACUGGUGGAACACGGACGACGACAUCAGAGGAUACGCCAGAGCAGGCCAUUGCGAGGACGAGCUGAAGGAUAUCACUUUCAGUGAACACAAGGUGAACGGAAAGAGCAAGGGACAAGCCUACAUUGAGUUCACAUCGCAGCAAGCUGCCACGGCCGCCAAGCACGCUUUUGAGUCGACAGACAGCGCUCAAGGCGUACCGAAGAAAUACCAGGUCACUUACUCAAACCCCCACGUCAACCCGUUCCGCACGCUGCCUAAGGAUGCACCGAACCGCGCUGGCAUGCCCAACAUGGGUAUGCCUAACAUGGGCAUGAUGGGCGGUGGAAUGCCUGGUACGACUCCCCUUGCUUUUAAAUCUCCUCAGCGAAGUCACAACCCCCCAAUAUCUCAACUUGCCUCUGGUUCAACCCAGAAGCGCAAGCACUCUGGUCGGCGAAAGGGCAAAGCUGCCAACACCGGCCGAGACGAGAUCCCUUCGAGCACCAAACGGCAGAAGAUGCAACCAAAGCAUGUACCUGAACACCCAAAGCCUGUAAUUGCACCAGAGGUCGGCCGAUGGACAAAGGAGCACGGAUUCCAAGGCAUGCCUCAACAAUUCAACCCUGCAUUCUUCGGCGGUAACCAGGGUGGUGGUAACGACUGGGGCAACCCUCACGGUGCUAAGCGACCUCGACCCGAGUAG